AUGGAAGAAGUUCAUGCGGAGCUUCUACCUGAAGACAAAGUGAAACUGGUAGGUGACCUCAAGUCGAGGGAAGGCUACACGGCCAUGGUCGGCGACGGGAUGAAUGAUGCACCAGCUUUAGCUCUGGCAAACGUAGGGAUCUCGAUGGGAAUAUCAGGUUCAGCAGUUGCCAUGGAGACCAGCCACAUCACCCUCAUGUCGAACGACAUUGGCAAGAUUGUCAAGGCCAUCAGAUUGGCAAGGAAGAUGCGUUGCAAAAUCAUCACAAACAUAACCUUCUCCCUGGUCACUAAGAUUGCUAUUCUGACACUUGCAUUUGCCGGGCACUCGCUGCUCUGGGCUGCUGUCCUUGCCGAUGUUGGUACUUGCCUACUGGUGAUCUCGAACAGCAUGAUGCUAUUGAAAACAAAAACUUCUUCGAGCAAAAAGUGUUGUGCCUCGUCCCAUAAAACAUGCUCCGGCAAGCCAAAAAAUGCAUGUGGAUCAUCAAGCGUUUGUGGCCAAUCUGGUUGCCAUGAUCAUGGGACGGCUAAGGAUGAAAUAAUACUAGACCACCAUCACCGUGCAGAAUCACCAUGUCAUUCCCACUGUGACCAUGCACAAGGUGUUGACGAGGAAAGUGUGCACAACCAUUGCAUGGACAGAGAUCAUCAGGUGGCAGAAUCACAUUGCCAUUCUCCUUGUGGCCAGGCAAUGGGUAUAAAGGCAAGCAGUACUUCAACACAAGAACACUUUGUAUCAAUAGAUUUAUGGCAAGCCAAUGUCGGCUCACAGAACCAGGAAAAGUAA